CGGGAAGAUAUUGGCGAAAUGUCGACAACCUCGAGUGUGCAGCGGCGGCUGGCGGCGUUACGGCACCCUCUUGCUCAGUCGUUCGACCACCAAGAUGAGGGAGCGUUCCGUAACUUGGUGUCGGCGCUGGAGGAUUCCACCAUCCGCUUCUACAAGAUGGAGGAGCGUGGCCCUCUAAGGGACAUCCAGAGCGACACGUGGUCAGACACUUUUCAGAAGUACCUGGAGGACAUGGAAUGUCCCUUUGCAAGCAAGGACUGGCGCGGAAAUGACUCGCACCGCUACCUCGUCGUGGACUGGCUGCUCGGGCGUGCUGUUGCUCUCGACUAUCACGACAACGCGGACACAUUCAACUCUGAGAGCGCCAUGGCACGCGGCAAGGCGUCCGUUGGCAUUGACGUGCAUUCGCAUGAGGCGCGGGCAGCACUGAAGGAGCUUGCCAAACUGCUGCAGCUUCCGUUGGUUGAGGAUGACAAUCUCAUGUGGAGGGCCGUUGCCAAGCGCGUUGCCCGCAAGUUUUCACCAGAGGCCAUCACAGCGGCACGCGACGCCCAGCAGGAGGUUGUUGAUCGGCACACGCUUGAGGAAAUGCCGCUGGGAUUCUCAACUGGCGAUGCUGCGUUGGACGAUGCAGCAAAGGUGCUUCGGCUGCUGCACGUGUCUGAUCUUCGUGAUCUGCAAACACGCGUCAACGAGCUCAUCACCGCUGCCCAAAACGUCACUGCCGACCCAAAGACCGACUCCUCCCUUGCCCGCGUUGGAAAGUAGUAUGUGUGUGUGUACGUGUUGGAAGCGAACCAUUUGUGUCGCAUAUUGUCUCCCUCUGCCUUCCUUGGACCUUUUUGUUUGUCCCUUCGGCUGUACCGCAGGCGACACGACGUCGAGCAGCGCAUGUGUGUGUGUGUGCAUGUGGGUGUGCGUGUGUGCGUGUGUGUCCCAGUAAACAGCGUGUAAUUGAUGCUUGCCUGUGAGAACGUGUAUUGAUGUGACCAAACCC